AUGAUGGUUAUGGACAGAUUCGACGACGUCUCAUACGGAUUUGAGAUGAUGCGACAGCAGAAUUUUGCAUGGAACAGCGAAGUCCUUGUGGAGCAACUUAAGAAGCAAAACGGCAGCCAAAACCCUCGCACACCUCGAGUCGAAGAAUUGGCUUCAGACAUCUAUACACGUCUACCACGUGAGCUCCGCAACCGGGUGUAUGCGUUCUGCGUCCAGGGAUCCUAUGACAACGAAGUCAUCGUCCGGCGCACAGCAACCGGAAACGGCCGACGCUUCGCGCACCUCAUCCGACAGGCGUGCGGCCAGCAUUCUUAUCAAUGGAUCGAAGACCCCACCGCAGCAUACAUGAGCGCAGGAGGUUUGGGUAAUGAGGUUGCUAGAGAAUUGCUCGAAUGCUACUACUGGACACGUACAUUCAAGUUUGCCCAUCACGAGCUCUUUCUGCUCAAACCGUUUCUUGAAACGGAUGGUUUCGGGCUGGGAAUGAUUCCAGCGCAUUAUGCAAGACGCUUGCACAUACAGAUUCGGCCGCUUGACUUUGCGUUUCUGUUGCCGGAGAAGCGGCUGUUUGAAGAGCGGCGGUAUUGCAAAACCAUUGAGGGCCUCACUGUCAUCAAGACCGCUCGAACUGAGGUCGUAAUCGAAGUCGAUUUAGCGCAAGGGUCUCUGGGAGAUGGUGAUUACGAGCGCUUCUCCUACGAAGCUGCGCAGUUCAUGCUGAAGAUAGGAAGUGUGGUAGAGACUCUCAGAGGGACGGGACUGCGCAUAAAUCUAGCGACCGUGUGA